AUGGUUGACAACGUGGUGAAGCUUAUAGAAAAGUACUCAUUUUUCAUUUGUCUCCCAAUGCAGGCAGAAUAUACCAAGAGUCCAGCUGCAGCCCUCUCCUCCAAUAUUCCCUCAUAGAGGUCCCUGUCAUCUAGUGAGGAGGGCCGCAGUGGCCACUCCAGCCUCUCGGACAGGGAGAUGGCCCAGAACUCACAGGGUAGUAUUAAGCACCGCAUCCACCACCUCUUAGAGCAGCUGAGAAUGGAGAAGGCCAGUCGGGACAAGAAUACAGUGGGCUAUCUCAAGCUGGUGUCCAAAACACACCGGCAUCAGGUUCCUCACAUCCGGCAGGCCUUCAAGAAGGUGAACCAGUGUGCCUCUGCCGCCAUCGCCCAGAUCGAGCGAAGGCUCUGCCAAUGUCACCAGCAGCUACAGGAGCUGGAGGAGGGCUGGCGGCACAAAGGCUCAGUGCCGAAGGUGGGAAGCAGCCUGGACAACUGUCAGCAGCCUAGUGAGAAGGCCCCUUUUCUGGAGCCCGCCAAGCCAGGUAGGAAAGACUGCUUGUCCACCAACCCGUCCAACAGACACUUCCCUCUGGCGAGUCACUUCCCAGCCUUACAGCAGGGGAAGUCCUCAGAGAGAAAGCGAAACUUGCUAUUGCGGAAAGUGAAGAAAGAGCUGAAAAAAGUCGAGAAGUUCCACCUUAGCCUCCAGGUAUCCUAUCAGAGCCUAAAGGAGAACUAUCUGACAGACCUGCAGGUGUCGCUGGAGUCCCUUAAGGAGGAGAAAUGCAGACAAGCGUUGAUGGAAGAACUGGUAAAUAACCACUUGCAAGGGUACCUGGAUGAGAUUCACCGUCUCAAACAGAAUCUGGCCUAUGCUGAAGAACAAAUGGCCUAUCUUUCCUAUGAGAGAGCCAAGGAAGUAUGGGAGGUCAUGGAGACUUUCAAGAGUCGUAUAGCCAAGCUUGAAACUCUACAGCAAGAGACUCAACUGGAGAUGACAGAGAACUUUAGGAACUGUCCCCGGAAGUUUAUGUUUCGAUUUCUGAACCUGUUCCUCACACUGGCCACCACCUUCUUGGUCUUCAUCUUUACUGUGUGCACCUGCCCCUUUCUGCUGUUAAAUUCACGCCUGCGCAUAUGCACCAUGCUCAUGCUGAUUGGACUUGGUGCCCUGGCCUGGCAGAAGUGGCAUGCCAUCCCUGCCAUGGACUGGCAGGCUUGAGUCCCCUCCAGAUGGAGCCUGUAUUCCAAGGACUCCAAGUCUCUAUCAGAUGGGCCUUAAAAAGCCUGGGUUUGCUAGCCCUUCCCCCUUUCAGGUGUCAGCGCAUCCAGCCAGCCCUCCUCAGACAGCCGCUUCUCAGUUCUCCCUUUUGGAUUUUAUCAGUACUGUGAGAGGUUUGUGGAUGCCUACCCAAUUCACAG